AUUUUCAUAAAGCCAUUCUGUCAAACCAACAACUGCAAUACAGGCUGAAAAACAACACAAGACCAUCCAAACCAGCAAAAUUUUGUCGCUCACCCAUCACCACAAAAUCAAAACCCGAAAAAAAUGAUUUAAUUCUACAUUUCCCUAAAACAAAAUGACAGAUUCUGAACCAUGCUCCAAAAACUGUAAGAAACGGAAGAGUAAAUGCUUGCCUUGUGUGAUGCCGUAUUCUGAGGAAAUUUUGAAUGAGGAGAAACACCAAGUCUUAGCUGCAGCAGCGCCAGCCUGCCAAUGUACUGCUGACAACCCCUGCUGCGCUUCCCCUGAACCCCAAAGGAACCAUAGGAGCCCACGAAAACAUAAUUAACAAGUAAUCACCGCUUUUCCAUUAAGCUAGUUCGAAACAAGACAACUUAUUUUUCCUCAUACAAGAUUUUUUCUGCUCGCAAAAAUGGAAGUUAGGUAUUGCACGAGAAAACGAGAGUCCAACCAUCCUUGCGACCCACCGGAGCCUUGUGAUCCCUUCGAAAUAAUCCAGGGAGAAUGUCCACAGCCUUACAUCUGCUUAGAGAGAUUGAAGAACCCAAUGAUAGGCAACACAAGAUGUCUACCAGGGGCUUUCAUGAACGUCAGGUCUUGCGCUCGUCCGGCAAAGGCUAGCCAUCCUUGCGACCCUUUGCCACCUUGCAGCACAUUGAGUAAUAAGAGGCCGUGCCAUGAGCCAGCGCUGUGCUAUCACAGAAUCAAGAACCCAGAAAUCCCGAAAAGGCCAAUAACCUCCGACUGCGAUCCGACAAAAUAAAUAAAUACCAUGGUUUGAAUUUGGCAAA